CCUUAUUGCCACAUUUCUCACCAUCCAGCUCAAACUUUUCUCUCUUCUCUCUGAUCAUAUAAUAAGCACUUUUCUGUUUCCAUUCAUUAUUCAUCAAAGCCAUGUCACCAACAAAUUGGUCAAUUUUGGUGAUUUUAUGCUGUGCCAUUUCAUUCACCUUGGCUUCUGAUCCUGACACACUCCAAGACCUUUGUGUAGCUCUUCCCUCUUCAGGUGUUAAGGUGAAUGGAUUUGCAUGCAAGGAAGAAUCAAAUGUAACAGCAGCCGAUUUCUUUUUCGAUGGUUUAGCGAAUCCUAAAGCUAUCAACAACACAGUGGGAUCUUUGGUUACUCCAGCCAAUGUUGACAAAAUUCCAGGGCUUAACACAUUAGGAGUGUCUUUAUCUAGAAUAGACUACAAACCUAAAGGUCUUAACCCACCACACACGCACCCUCGUGCCACCGAGAUUGUUUUUGUGUUAGAAGGUGAAUUAGACGUUGGUUUCAUCACUACAUCAGACAAACUCAUUUCUAAGUCCAUCAAAAAGGGUGAAGUCUUUGUUUUCCCAAAAGGGUUGGUGCAUUAUCAGAAGAACAAUGGAGAUGAAGCUGCUUCUGUGAUUUCUGCUUUUAACAGUCAACUUCCUGGAACUUUGUCAAUUGCCUCAGCACUGUUUGGUUCAACACCUACUGUUCCUGUUGAUGUUCUUGCUCAGGCCUUUCAGAUUGAUACUAAGCAGGUUGAUGAAAUUAAGACCAAACUUGCUCCUAAGAAGACUUGAUAUAUAUGACAUUCAAGAGAGGAGUUCAUAUUAUUUUUGGAAUAAUAAUUGUUGUUGGGUUUUGAGUAUUAUUGUAUACCAUUUAUAUGGUGUUGCAUUUUGCUGCUUAAUAUGGAAUUGAGUAUAAAAUAAUUGAAUUGAAGAUUUUGUAUAGUAAGUAAGUGUUGAUAAUAAUGCAUGUUCUAUGAAUGUGUCACAUUUUAUGAAGGAUUAUGAUAUAUGGUUUCAUUUCUUUUCUA